AUGGUUGAGGGGACAGAAGUCAAAGAGGCUGCGGCCACCAAGCCACUUGGCAUGCGGAAAAAUGGCAAGCAAUGGCACGCACCAAAGAAAGCUUUCCGCCCAACCUCCGGCUUGACAUCAUAUGCGAAGCGUGCGAAGGAUCGAAUUUCCCAGGCCGCAACGAAAACGAAGGAGAAGGAGCUAAAAGAAGAGAAGGAGGCUGAGCGACAGAAACGGAUAACUGCCCUCAAAGAAAAACGCGCGGCAAAGGAGGAGAAGGAGCGAUACGAGAUGCUGGCUGCGAAGAUGCACAAGAAGCGGCUAGAGCGGUUGAAGCGCAAGGAGAAGCGCAACAAACUCCUCAACUCAUGA